CCUAAAUGUAUUCAAACAGAGCAGACGUCUGAAUGUAAAUGUGCUUGUUAUUCGCAUACGUUUCAUUUUUAUGGGAACACUUGUCGGUGAAUGGGAGUUCAUCAGAUAUUUCCAAGGCAAUGACCUCUGACCCCCCAGCAGUGACUACCACUGAAGCAGUGACCUCUAAACCCGCUGCCGCACCUACACUGUCAGCCACAGCAGAAACCAGCAGCAGUGGCCGAACCCAAAGCCUUCCUGAAACCAGCACCAUCCCAACACUGGACCUCCGAAACCCGCUUCCUCCUCCCCUAACACCUCCCCCACCUCCUCCUCCUGCGCCAGACAUACCCGACCUUCCACUGCCAUCACCCCCGGUCUUCCCCCUUCCUCUGCCUUCAUCCAAACCUUCUUCGUCAUCCAGUCCUCCUUCUCCUCCAUCGCCGCCUCCCGCUGACAGCCCCCAGCGUCCUACCACGCUCAACCUAAAGACGCUUCCACGUCCCAGUGUCAGGGAGAACGGCUGCCCCCCGCCUGGGCUGGAUGAGGAUGAGGAUGAGAGGAAAAUGCUGGAGGAGGAUCUGAAGAAAUGCAUCGAGGACUUUAAAAAGAUCCGCAUGCCCAAAGUUUUUCCAGAUCGCAAGAGGCACUGGCAAAGGGACUUGCUAAAGAAGUACAAUGCAUAGAGAGCUUUGCUGUGGCAUCAUAAGGAGCAAACCUGACAAGGACUUUAAAACAAUGGCGAGGACAUGCUGCUAGCGCCAUACUCGGGCUUUAUAUUUACAUCGCUUUGAUUCUGACUUUGUGAAGAGUGUCAGCAAAAAACCUCUAAUGUAGCUUUUGCAUGUCAACAGAAGUGAACUGCUAAAGUAUAGUUCUCCAGCUGAGCUUAUCUAGCAAACAUGCACUACAUUUGAUGUCUUUACCCAGCAUAGAAAACAUUCACAUCCAGAUUGUGAGUCAUACUUAUGUUUUUCCCACACAAGUAUUUUUUUGGGAGGGGGAAUAUAAAAAAUAUUUGGACUCAUUUUCUUUUCACUCAGUCAAACAAUAUUAAUUGGAGCUUUCUGCCCUUCUCCCUGUACCAUGUCCACUGAUCAAGCAACUGGAAAAUGUAAGCAAAGUUUGAAAUUUUUAGCGUUUGACCUUAAUGAUGCAAAAAUAAAAGACAGAAGUGAAAUCUCUGG